CAUACCUAAACUCCUCCACAUAUCUUGCUAGAGAGCUUCUUGGUCUCUCUCUACCACACACAAAAUGACCUCUUCUUUUCUCCUUCCCACUGUUGCUGCUGCUGCAGCAGCAAUUAGCUUCUUCACGCUUUUAAGAAAGUUCAGAUUCCAUAAAAAACUAGAUUCUUCUUCUUUAUCUCUUCCAUCAACUCCAACUACUCUGUCUCACAAUUGGACACACCAUGUCUUUCCAAGCUUCCGUGGGGAGGAUGUCCGCAGAGACUUUUUCAGUCACAUUCAAAAGGAAUUUCAAAGAAAAGGAAUCACACCGUUCAAUGAUAAUAAGAUUAAGAGAGGAGAAUCCAUUGGUCCCGAACUCAUACGGGCUAUUAGAGGAUCUAAGAUAGCAAUCGUCUUGCUCUCGAGGAACUAUGCUUCUUCGAAAUGGUGUCUUGACGAGUUGGUGGAGAUUAUGAAGUGCAGGGAAGAGUUGAGUCAAACUGUAAUGGCCAUUUUCUAUAAAGUAGAUCCAUCUGAUGUUAAGAAGCUCACAGGAGAAUUUGGAAAAGUUUUCAGAAAAACUUGUGCGGGUAAAACUAAGGAGGAUAUUGAGAGAUGGAGACAAGCUUUGGCAAAAGUGGCCACGGUGGCUGGUUACCAUUCAAGCAACUGGGAUAAUGAAGCAGCCAUGAUCGAAAAAAUUGCCACUGAUGUUUCAAACGAGCUGAUCAAUUCCACGGUAUCAAGUGAUUUUGAUAGUUUAGUUGGGAUGAGAACUCAUAUAGAAAAUGUGGAACCACUUUUACACCUAGCAUCUGAUGAAGUGAAGAUGAUAGGGAUUUGGGGUCCGUCUGGAAUUGGUAAGAGCACCAUCGCCAGAGUUUUAUUCAGCAAAUACUCUCAUCAGUUCCAACUUAGUGUUUUCAUGGAGAACAUCAGAGUGCGAUAUCCAAGACCUUGCUACGACGAGUACAGUGCGAAACUGCAGUUACAGAAAGAGUUCUUGUCUCAAAUAAUCAACCAGGAGGAUAUCAAGCUUCAUCAUUUGGGUGUUGCACAAGACAGGUUAAAAGACAAGAGAGUGCUAGUCGUUCUUGAUGAUGUGGAUCAGUUGGUGCAAUUGGAUGCAAUGGCCAAAGAAACUACGUGGUUCGGUCCUGGAAGUCGGAUUAUCAUCACCACGCAAGAUAAAAAGAUUUUGAAUGCACACAAGAUUAACCAGAUUUACCAUGUGGAUUUUCCACAAAAUGAUGAGGCUCUUCAAAUCUUUUGUAUGUAUGCUUUUGGUCAAAAGGCCCCAAAUGAUAGCUUCGAGCAGCUUGCUUGGGAAGUUAUAGAACUUUCCGGUAAACUCCCACUGGGACUAAGGGUUAUGGGAUCUUACUUCAAAGGAAUGUCCAAGGAGGAAUGGACUAAGGCACUACCAAGGUUAAAGAUUAGCCUUGACGGAGAUAUUGAAAGCAUUUUAAAGUUUAGUUAUGAUGCCUUAUGCUAUGAAGAUAAAAAUCUAUUUCUUUAUAUAGCCUGCUUUUUCAACAAUGAAUGGGUUGAGAAAGUGGAAGAGCAUCUUGCCGAGAGUUUCUUUGAUGUAAGACAAGGUCUUCACGUCUUAGCUGAGAAAUCUCUUAUAUCAGUCAGCUCGGGAUAUAUAAGGAUGCAUAAUUUGCUAGCACAUUUGGGUAGAGAAAUCGUCCGUACACAAUCUAUUCAUGACCCUGGACAGCGUCAAUUUUUAGUUGAUACAAGAGAUAUAUUCCAAGUACUGAACAAUGAUACACCAGGUAGUAGAAGUGUUGUCGGCAUAGAUUUCAAGUACUCGGAGAUCACAGAUGAGUUAUAUAGAAGUGACAAAGCCUUUGAAAGCAUGCCUAGUCUUCAGUUCUUAAGACUUGAUGGUAACUAUAUUGAACCCAUAUCGUACUUGUCACAAAGUGUGAACUAUCUACCUAGAAAAGUUAGACUACUGCAUUGGGAACAUUUUCCUAUGAAGUGUCUGCCUUCUAAUUUUAGCCCACAGUUCCUCGUUGAACUAAACAUGCCUGACAGCGAGCUUGAGAAUUUGUGGGAAGGAACUCACACGAUUAGAAACCUCAAAUGGAUGGAUUUGAGUUUUUCCAUAAAUUUGAAAGAGCUUCCUGAUCUCUCAACUGCCACUAGUCUAAAGAAGCUGAAGAUUCCUGGUUGUUCAAAUCUGCUUGAACUCCCUUCUUCUAUUGGGAAUGCUACUAAUCUUGAGGGACUGGAUCUCAAUGGGUGUUCAGAUCUUGUUGAGCUCCCAUCCUCUAUUGGUAAUGCUAUAAACCUCAAGGAUUUGGAUCUUACGAGUUGUACAACUCUUUUGAACCUGCCUUCUUCUAUGGGAUGUGUCACUGCUCUGGAGAAAUUAAACCUCAAUGGAUGCAAGCACCUAGUUGAGCUCCCUUCCUCUAUUGGUAAUGCAACUAAUCUCAGAAAAUUGGAUCUUGAGAAUUGCUCAAGUUUGGUGGAGCUUCCUUUUUCCAUUAGAGAUGCCGUGAAUCUCAAGCAUUUUAUUUUUAGUGGUUGCUCAAGUCUUGUGGAGCUCCCUGCUUUUUGUGGUAAUGCUACUGAUAUCAAAGAAUUUAAUCUGAGAGGUUGCUCAAGUUUAGUGAAGCUCCCUUCUUCUAUUGGGAAUAUCACUAGUCUCAAGAAUUUGGAUCUGAGUGAGUGUUUUAGUCUUGUGGAGCUGCCUUCUUCUAUUGGGAAUAUCACUGAUCUCAAGAACUUGUAUCUUUCUGAGUGCUCAAGUCUCUUGGAGCUCCCUUCCUCUAUAGGAUAUAUCACUAACCUUGAGAAUUUGUAUCUUGACGACUGCUCAAGUCUAAUGAAGCUCCCUUCCUCUAUCGGGAAUAUCACUAAUCUUGAGAGUUUGGAUCUCAAUGAAUGUUCAAGUCUUAUUGAGCUACCUUUGUCUAUUGGGAAUAUCACAAGUCUCAAGAAACUGUAUCUUAGUAAAUGCUCAAGUCUGGUUGGGUUACCUUCCUCUAUUGGAAAUCUUCACAAUUUGUUGACGUUGCGGUUGCAAGGUUGCUCAAAGCUUGAGGCUCUUCCUAUCAACAUCAACAUGAAGUCUCUCAACGAACUUGAUCUUACUGAUUGCUCACUGUUGAAGUUCUUUCCUGAGAUUUCUACGAAUAUUAAGUAUCUAAGGCUCAGUGGAACUGCGAUAGAACAAGUGCCUUCAUUAAUCAAGUCAUGGUAUCGUCUGGAUGACUUGCAUAUGACAUACAGUGAAAGCCUUGGGGAAUCCCCACAUGUUUUUGACUGCAUCACAGAGUUGCACUUAAGCGAUACAAGAAUACAAGAAAUUUCUGUAUGGAUCAAGGAAAUGUCACGUCUACAUAAACUUGUGAUCAAGGGUUGCACAAAGCUAGUCUCUCUCCCACAGCUUCCAGACUCCAUAGCCUUUCUUGAUGCAGAGAACUGUGAGUCUCUUGAGAGACUAGAUUGCUCUUUUCACAAUACAAAGUUCAUUGAUCUAAACUUUGUUAAAUGCUUCAAACUGAAUCAAGAAGCAAGAGACCUUAUCGUCAGGACACCAACAUGUAGAUUUGCGCUCUUACCAGGACAAAAAGUGCCUCCAAAAUUCACCUACCGAGCCACUGGGAGUUCCCUUUCAGUGAAACUGAAUGGAAUUGAUACGCACUUCCCUACGUCCUUGAGAUUCAAGGCUUGCGUCUUGUUGGUUAACAAGGAUAACGUUGAGGCUGGUCAGUGGAACGUGAUGGAAGUGUUUGUUCGCAUCAAGGACGAAAAGAAUGGUGUCGGUGUUAUGUGUAGACCAAAAAACUACCACCUUCUACCUGCACUUUUACGGUACAUGUUCACUCCACGUUUAAAUGAGCAUUUAUACAUAUUCGAAUUUGAUAAUAUGGUGAGUUCCAGUGAAUUAUUGUUUGAGUUUGAAGUCCACAAUGACAAAUGGGAGAUUGGUGAAUGUGGGCUACUUGCUCCAACGGUUUGGGUGCCUCGUUUUGAUGGAAGCUGAAAAAACAAUACAUUUUUGCUGUAAAGAUUUUUACAACCCAUAUUAUUUCUAGAGCAUAAAUCCUUUCCAAUCAUGUUGUGUUUUGUAAAUAUUUUUUAAAACUAUUUUUCUUUCAUAUU